CUAACUAUUUUCCUCUUUUCUCACUUUAUUUUGCGCACGUUGCUUACCUAUUUCCUUCUGUCCUUGCUGCUAAGUUUAGAGAGUGGACAGAUUUUUUUCAUGCUUGUACAAACCAUAUCGAGCAGUUUUAUUCUGGGCACAUAUCCGUUGUUGUUGGGAUAUAACAUUCUUCAACCGUAAGGUGCACCCCCGAAUUAUUAUGUCGAGUACAAUUUGUUGAGCAGGUAGCUCUGAUCUCGUGUCAAAUUAUUUUCCAUUUAAUUGUUGCAAUUUCAAAUUCAGUACUCAAUUAUCCAUCUAACUUGGUUGUUCAUUUUUACGGUUCAACGGAGUGCGUUGGUGGCGCAUUCAUGCAUUAAUGAGUGAACCUAAAGAAGUGCUAAAGUCUACUUUUGAAGUAGUAAACUCCAGAGAAAUUAGAACACGGAGACGAUUUCCAAGACAGUACAAGGAACCAGUAGUUUACAAGUACUCGUGAAUUAAUUAGCACAACUACAUAGGAGCUUCAUCCAGACAUUAAAUUCUCAAGUUUUUAUUGCGUACCAUUCUAAAAUAUAAAAAUGGAGAGUGUCCAACCGGGAGAAGUGCCACUUUAUGAUCGGAACAAAGAGUUGAAGGCCUUUGACGAAACAAAAACUGGUGUCAAAGGAAUUGUUGACAUGGGAAUUGAAAAGAUUCCUCGAAUGUUUGUCCGGACACAAGAUGAGUUCACUGAGGACUUGGCAUAUACAGAUGCUACAAGGGAUCAGUUUCAAACUCCGGUUAUUGACCUCCAGGGAAUUGAUUAUCGACGUAACGAGAUUAUGGAUGAAAUUAGACGUGCAUCUGUGACUUGGGGAUUCUUUCAACUUGUGAAUCAUGGAAUACCUAUAAGUGUGACCAAUGAAAUGAUCCAAGGCAUACGUAGAUUUCAUGAAGGAGAUAUAGAGGUGAAGAAACGGUUAUACGUGAAAGAGAUGAUGAGCCAAAAAGUACAAUAUUACAGUAACUAUGAUCUUAAUGAAUCAAGAUCUGCUAAUUGGAGGGACACCUUCAGAUGUCGUUUGUUAAAUCCAGAUCCUAUAGAUCCUCAACUUUUGCCUGAAACUUGCCGGGAUAUAAUAGUCGAGUACUGGAAGCAUAUUAUGAGCCUAGGAGAUAUUCUUGCUGAGUUAUUAUCAGAGGCUUUAGGACUAAACAAAGACCACCUUAAAGGCAUGGAUUGUACUCAAUACUUGGCACUCUUGGGUCACUACUAUCCAGCAUGCCCUGAGCCUGAACUGACCAUGGGCUCAACAAAGCAUGCAGACCAAAGUUUCUUCACAAUUCUUCUCCAAGAUCAGGUUGCUGGACUUCAAUUUCUACAUCAGAAUCACUGGGUUACUGUCAAACCCAUCACUGGAGCCUUAACUGUAAACAUUGGCGAUCUUAUUCAGCUUAUAAGCAAUGACAAGUUUAAAAGCUCCGAGCAUAGAGUAGUCGCAAGCCAUGUCGGGCCAAGAAUUUCAGUAGGGUGUUUUUACAGAGCAAGUUUGGACAAACCAACAUUGCUUUAUCCAAUAAGAGAGCUAACAUCUGAAACUAAUCCCCCUGUAUACCAAAAUAUCACGUUUAAAGAGUAUAUCGAUUAUGCCCAUUCUAGAGGGCUCGAUGGCGUUUCCUCCCUAAACUACUUUAAGCUGUGAUGAGUCUCGGUUGAUAGCAAUGUGGUGUGUGUUAUUCUUGUAACUUGGUUCAUGUAAUGGGAGACUCAGAUUUCC